GGCGAGGAGCGCCCCCCGGCGGCCGCCAUGAACCUGCUGCAGCGCAAGGGCCGCCCCGAGUGGCGCCCCCGCGAGGAGGAGCCGCGCAAGGGGGUCCCCAAGGCGCGGGAGGGGGGGUCCCUGCGGCGCCCACUGCGCGUAGGGUUCCUGACCCUGCCGGCGCCACAGGAACGUGGCCCCCGGCCCUGUGCCCCCGGCAUGGCCCCCCGCUCCUUGUCCUGCCAUGCCGUGGGGCUCCCUGACGCAGGGGUGCCCCUGCGCCCCCCUGGACCCCGCACGGGGCCCCCCGAGGGUCGAGGCCUUGAGGCACCGCCUGCCAAGAGAGGUGGUGAGUGGAACUGGCGGGCUUUGGAGAGGGCUUGUCGGGGCUGGGGUUUUAUGGUGGAGCUGGGGGCAAGUGAGGAGCUCAACGUGGUGGGGGUUGCGGGGAGGGGACGGUGACUUUGGGAGAUCAGGGUGGCGUCCUGGGGAGAUAUGGGUGGCUGGGAAGGGAUGCAAGGAAUCUGAGGGGGCACGGAGGGCG